AUGGCUUAUUGUCAGCUUAACCUAUUAUUCUCAAUUCGUAUAUUUAUAGCAGUAAUGCAAUUUGAAAUAUUUAUAGUCAACGGUGAACCACAAGUCCCAUGUUACUUCAUAUUUGGAGACUCACUGGUUGAUAGCGGCAAUAACAACAAACUCGUAACCAGGGCUAAAGCUAAUUACCCACCUUAUGGGAUUGAUUUCCCACAAGGUGUCACUGGCAGAUUCACCAAUGGUCGAACUAUUGCAGAUAUCAUCGGUGAACUAUUAGAUUUCGAUGAGUAUAUUCCAGCGUUUGUCACUGCAACUGAUUCACAUAUCAGUAAAGGCGUAAACUAUGGUAGUGGUGCAGCUGGCAUUCGAGACGAAACUGGAAGUCAUCUGGGUGGUCGAAUAAGCUUCGACCGGCAAUUACGUAACCACAAUACGACACUUUCACGGCUUUUUCACUUGCAACGUAACACAACAUUUACGAACGAACACCUAAGUAAGUGCAUUUAUGUAGUCAACAUCGGAAGCAACGAUUACAUCAACAACUACUUAAUGCCAACCAUUUACACUACGAGCCAUAAGCACACGCCUUAUGAAUACGCAACGCUCCUCACACGACAAUACGCUCGACAACUAAAGACUUUAUACGAUUUGGGAGGUCGAAAGAUUGUUGUAUUCGGUCUUGGUCCGGUUGGGUGCACCCCGGCUGAAAUAUCCAUCUUUGGCACCGAUGGAAGUCCAUGUGUUGAGUCAAUUAACGACGCAGUUAGACAAUUUAACGACAAGCUUAAGCCACUUAUCCAUGAGCUAAACCAUGAGAACCCCGAUGCGAGGUUCACUUUCAUCAACCUUACAAGCAUUUCAUCGCUACAAGAAGGUAUUAGGUUGUCAAACGUUCCUUGUUGUAAAGUGAGGGUAGACGGACAAUGUGCUCAAAAUGCACUUGUUUGCCCUGACCGUGCUAUGUCGGUAUAUUAUGACGGUUUCCAUCCCACGGAAGUUGCUACUGUUUUGAUCGCAUCAACGUCAUAUACUGCGCUUUCGCCCAUGGACGCUUCUCCAUACGAUAUUAGUCAAUUGGUUCGACUUUAA